AUGUCUUAUGUACCUCCUCACCUGAGAAACUCCUCCGCCGCCACCACUGUGGUGAGCAACGGCGGCGAUCACUUGCACUCGAAGCUCAACUCUCGCCAAUUGCCGUCAUUUACUCAAUCGAAGAACGGUUUUACCAGUAAUGGUGAAUACUGCUCGAAUGAUUCCGGCCGGAGCUCAUGCGAAACCGUUAAUUACUUGUCACCGAGAGGUUUAGUCGCGCCUGACCCCGUCUUUCCUCAGUGGAAACCGUCCGAACGUGUUCUCCUGCUUAAACUUGAACAGAUAGAAGAGAUUCGCUUGAGACUUAAUGUUGAUGUUGCAGUUGCUCUGGAUUCACAUCCUGCGCUUGCACCUGUAGAAUCGUUCACUGAUAUGUGCUUGCACCCGAGCAUCAUGAAGGAUAUUGCACUGCAUAAUUAUACUAUCCCCACCUCUGUUCAAGCUCAAGCCAUGCCAGUUGCCCUUAGUGGGAGGGACCUUUUGGGUUGUGCAGAAACUGGGAGUGGAAAAACUGCUGCAUUCACUAUACCAAUGAUACAGCACUGCCUAGCUCAGCCUCCUCUUCGGCGUGGUGAUGGACCAUUGGCAUUGGUAUUGGCACCUACAAGAGAGCUUGCACAACAAAUAGAAACAGAGGUUAAAGCUUUCAGUAGAUCUCUUGAUUCCUUUAAGACUGCAAUUGUAGUGGGAGGGACAAACAUUGGUGAGCAGAGGUCUGAGCUUCGAGCAGGGGUGAACAUAGUUGUUGCUACUCCUGGAAGACUUAUUGACCACUUACAACAAGGAAAUACCUCCCUUUCCAGGAUAUCUUUUGUUGUAUUGGAUGAGGCUGACAGAAUGCUUGAUAUGGGGUUUGAACCUCAGAUAAGAGAGGUGAUGCACAAUCUUCCAAAAAAGCAUCAAACUUUGUUGUUUAGUGCGACCAUGCCAGCAGAGAUUGAAGCACUGGCACAGGAAUACUUGACUGACCCAGUGCGGGUAAAGGUUGGAAAUGUGAGCAGUCCAACAGCAAAUGUAGCUCAGAUUUUGGAGAAAGUACCUGAAAAUGAGAAGAUUGACCGGCUUCUAGAUCUUCUUGUUGAGGAGUCUGCUCAAGCUGAAAAAUCUGGCCAUCCCUUUUCACUGACCAUUGUAUUCGUGGAACGAAAGACAAAGUGUGAAGAAGUUGCAGAAGCAUUGAUGAAGCAGGGAUUGCUUGCAACUGCACUUCAUGGUGGCCGUAGUCAAAACGAAAGAGAGGCUGCCCUUCGUGAUUUUAGACGUGGUCCUACCAGUAUCUUGGUUGCCACUGAUGUUGCAUCUCGUGGAUUGGAUGUCAAUGGGGUUGCUCAUGUAAUUAAUCUAGAUCUUCCAAAGACCAUGGAAGAUUAUGUUCAUCGGAUUGGGAGGACCGGUCGUGCAGGAUCAACAGGCCAAGCCACAUCAUUUUAUACUGAUCGAGAUAUGUAUCUUGUGGCACAAAUAAGGAAAGCAAUUGCAGAUGUUGGGUCUGGCAAUACUGUUACUUUUGCGACUGGAAAGACUGCCAGAAGGAAGGAGAGAGAAGCUGCAGCUGCUCAUAAGGAAGCAAAUACUGCACUCUCAAAACUGUCCUUAAUGGGGUCCACUCCAAUAAACGUUGAGGACAAGUAUAGGCACAUGUUUGCCCCUGCAAUGGCCAGGAAAGAGGGAGCUGCAGAUGGUGCUUGGGAUGAUUGAAAAUCAGGAGCUGCAGAGACCCUUCCCACUCAUCUGAGUUGAGUUUAUGUUGCACAUUUAUUACCUUGCGAAUGGAGAAAGCAGUCAUUCACAGCUAAGUGUGCUCCAAAAAGGCUGGAAACUAGCUUCCUAGCAUGUGUACAUUCUCGCUUCCAUAGUUCUUCCUCUAUUGAUUUCAGGUCUUACACACAGUUGUCCUUGUUUUCUGUAGCACCUUCGCUAGCACAUUAGAUGAUUUAGAUGUUCGUCUUUGAUAUUUUCGUAUUUAUGGGUUUGUUAGUGAAUGAGGCAGCAGUACUAUAGUAUUGUACUAUUGUGUAACAAUUUACUCUGGUCUGUCUGCUGACUUCAUUUGUCAAUAUGAUAGCCACGUCCUUGCAAAUUCUACGUGACUGCCUUUGGCAUGUGCAUGUAGAAGAAAAUUACAUUUUAGCUGUGGCAUACGGAAGGGUUCAAACAUAGCAACACAAUAUUUCAAUUUCAGCCUGUGCAUUGUUUC